GCACGCGCGCGCGCGUCAUAAGCUCUCCUGCUUAUAUUGUAACAUAAUAAAUAUUUUUCUAUUCAAUUUCCCUCGCGGUACCGGGAGAUGUUAGAUAUUGUUUUGUAAAAAUACAAGAUGAUAGAUUAGAUUACAAGAUGAUAAGAAGAACUUUCACGGACAAACACAAAGUUGCCGAUCUCUGCGAUCUGUUCUCUCGGAGAUUGCACUGCAAAUCCGAGCGUGUUACUUCGACAUGUAAGAGCGUGUAACUGUCUUCAGCUAUUUUCCGAGUGCUUAUGGUCCAACAUCACAUCCUCUAAUUCGUUUAAGCGUACUAAGUGGUGUGAUUUGAAACGUGUGAAAAGAAAACAGUUCAGUCACACGCUUCCGCGUGGAUCAGGAUAACGAAUUAACCUGCGACUGUUCGCGACUGCGCUGACUUUGCCAGGCAAAUUUGACGUGCAAAAAGCGCGCCAAAGCACGCGAGAGGCCGAAUCUAUUCGCCGUCGACUGCGCGUCAACUUUCCGAUAGAAAAGAAAAAAAAAAAAGAAAAAAAAAACAAUAAAAAUGGCAGGACGACCCGAUACGAGUGCGAAAAGCGAGUCCCGAGUUUUUAACGAAAAUAACACAUCGAUCGUUGAAUCGAACGUUGAAUGCACGCACGAGUACAAUUGAGAAACUAAAAAAUGCUGAAACUAAAAAAAUGCGCCGAAAGCGCAGAGCUCGGCGCGUUUCAAUACUCCCGCGUUGCAUCGGUGCAUAAAGUACCUGCAACGUGUGACGACAGUAACAGCAGUAGCUGCUGCUACUGUGGCAUUGCCGAGCCAACUUUCCGAAAGGUAAGAGAGAAGAGGUUCCUUGCGAGCGACGCUGCGAGAUCGGGAGAUUCCCAGUUCAAUCGACAGUGCGCGACUUACGAGAGGAGCUCCGUUGAGUGCAGAAAUUUCAAAAUCCAAGGGAACAUGGCUCGCCUGAGUGUGACACAUAUGCUGACCUCGUUCCGCACGGAACGACUGUUCCUCGCGGUGCUGUGGUACCUCAUCAUCAACUUGCGCCCGGACAUCCUCGACGAGGAGCAUCGCGUGCACCUUGUGCCGGUGCAGGAGAUGCUGGCCGAGUAUGAUUACGUGAUAAUCGGCGGAGGGUCGGCCGGUUGCGUGAUGGCCAGCCGAUUGUCGGAGGAGCAGGACCGCACCGUAUUACUGCUCGAAGCCGGCGUCGACGAGAUAGUGCUGUCCGACGUGCCGUUGGUCUUCCCGAUUCUGGCGCGCACGUUCCUCGACUGGGACUUCCAGACGGAACCGUCGGCCAACUACUGCCUGGCGAUGCGGAAUAAUCAGUGCAGGUGGCCACGUGGCAAGGUGUUAGGUGGCAGUAGCGUGUUGAACGGCAUGUAUUACGUCCGCGGCAACAAGAGGGAUUACGACUCCUGGGCGGCGCUCGGCAACACCGGCUGGGACCAUGAGAGUGUCCUGCCGUAUUUCCAAGUAUCAGAGGACAUCAGGAUCGAGGACCUCCGCGACUCGCCGUACCACCAUAAGGGCGGGUACUUGACGGUGGAGCGUUAUCGGCAUAUAGUACCGGUGACCGAUUACUUCGUUCAUACCGGCGAGGAGCUGGGAUACACGACGCGGGACAUGAACGGCGCCAGUCAGACCGGCUUCAUGUACGCUCAAGGCACCCUGAGGGACGGUUUGCGGUGCAGCACCGCCAAAGCUUUCCUGCGACCUGCCUCGAAGAGGAGGAACCUGCACGUCAGCUUGGAGUCGUUUGUGGAGAAGAUCCUCGUGAAGAACGAUGGCAUGUCCAAGGUAGCGCACGGGGUGCGAUUUCGCAGAAGCGCGAGGCAUUUUGUAGUCCGCGCGAAACGCGAGAUCAUUCUAUCCGCGGGCACGAUACAGUCGCCGCAGUUGCUGAUGCUGUCGGGUAUCGGGCCGCGGGAUCAUCUCGAGACAAUGAAGAUCCCCGUGGUGCACCACGCGUCCGGCGUAGGGCAGAAUCUUCAAGAUCACGUGUCCUUGAGCAGAAGGUACAUGGUCGACGCUCCGCCAAAUAUGUCGGAACCGGACGAUUUCACACUGAGGCUGUACGUAUCCGUGUCCAUGAACACUCUUCAGGAAAUGAUACACAACAAUUCCGGCUUGCUCUACACGAACCCGGUGGGCGGCGCAAUGGCGUUCAUCAACAGCAAGUACGCCGACGAGAAACUCGAUUACCCGGACGUUCAGCUGCUUUUCUCAGGCAGCUCGCCCAUCUUGGAGACCGGAGUCGUCACCCCGUAUGAAGACAUCGAUCCGAACCUCGCCGUCGGCCUCUACGAUAACACGAUGAGCCAUCAGGCGGUCAAUAUCUUCGCGAUUCUUCUCAGGCCGCGCAGCAGAGGCUACAUCAAGCUCAAGUCAGCUGACCCCUACAACGCUCCCGAAAUUGUGCCCAACUACUUCGACGAUCCUCGUGAUCUACAAGUUCUGGUGGACAGUGCGAGAUUGCUAGAGGAGGUCAGCCGCACUCGCACCAUGCGGGAGAUAAACAUGCGACCUGAUCCAAAUCUAAUGCCGAACUGUUCGCAGUACGACGUCUCGUCGGACCAGUACUGGGUCUGCUAUGUGCGUUACUUGACGCGGACGAUUUACCAUCCGGCCGGCACCUGCAAGAUGGGCCCUGCCAACGACAGUCAGGCCGUAGUCGACGCUAGAUUAAGGGUGCACGGGGUCGCGGGGCUGCGAGUGGUCGACGCGUCGAUAAUGCCGACUAUUGCCUCCGGUAAUAUUAAUGCGCCGGUGAUUAUGAUUGCAGAGAAGGCGUCGGAUAUGAUAAAGGAAGACUGGUCUCGAGCAACUCGAUCGUAGCGGUCGUGAGAAGGCAGGACGAUGCGAAUGCUACUCCGACAUCGUCUCUCUGUUAGAUUUCGUUCUCUCAGAACGCACGCUUCGUAUUGGAUUCGAUAAAUAUCGCUCUGGAUUCCCUUGUCGAUGAAGUUAGGAGCGCCGCAAUUAUCGAUCGUUCAGCUAAGCGAGCCUAAGGUGAAACAUUUGCAUAUGCUAAUAGAGAAUUAUAUUAACAAUCUUAUGUAUGCAAUUUAAAUAAAGUGAACAUACAAUAUGUAA